CUUCACUCUCCCCACAAUCUCGACCUCGCUCGCCUCCCGAGAACGGCCAAACUUUCCAGCGACCAGCCUGACGAAGAUAAAAUAUAAUGCCCAUGAUAGCGCCCGUGAUUUUCCCUCGCGAGACGUAGACUUCCCCUCGUCGCCGCCAUCCUUCAACGCAAACAUGGCAGCAAAAGACCAAUCCUACCUCAUCAUCGGCGCCGGCGUCUUCGGCGUCUCAACCGCCUACUAUCUCAUCCAAAAAUACCCCCAGGCAAGCAUCACGCUCGUAGACCGCGACGCCUACGACGCCGACAGCCGCGUCGCCGCCUCGUGGGACUGGAACAAAGUGGUGCGCGCCGACUACGACGACCUCGUCUACUGCCGCAUGGGCAUCGAGUCGCAAGACAUUUUCAAAUCCGACCCGCUGUGGAAGCCGUAUUUCCACGAGACCGGCAUCUUCUGGACGUGUCGCGGCGACUAUGCGCAGAAGGUGAUUGACAAUUACAAGAAGCUGGGGCGCAAGGCGGAUUUGUAUGCUGUGAGUGUGGAGGAGGCGAAGAAGAUGCAUGAUGGCUUGUUUGAUCAUGCGGAUUAUUCGGGCGUGACGGAGGUUCUUAUUAAUAAUACCAGUGGAUGGGGCGCCGCGGGUGAUUGUCUGCAGGCGGUGACGCGGGAGGCGAUCAAGCUGGGGGUGAAGUAUGUUGUUGCUGAGGUUGCUUCGCUGCAGUUUGAUGGGUCUGGUCGGUGUACGGGGUUGAAGACUGCGAAUGGGAGGAAAUUGACUGCUUCGCACACCAUCCUCUCCACCGGCGCAUUCACACCAAAGCUUCUGGAACUCAGCGCCCACGACAGCGGACGGAAUGCGCUUCGAGCCGAUGGCAGAAUCGUUGCUGGCGGCAUCGCAACUGGUCUGACGAAACUCGACGACAAGACAUACGAGAAACACGCCAAGAUGCCCGUGGGAAUGCAAGGAUACCCGGCUGAGAUCGGUCCAUUCCUCGGCAGCCUUCCACCCACCCCCGACCACGAACUAAAGUGGUGGGGCCCAACAAUCUUCACAAACACAAGGGAAGUCCUCCCAGGCCGCAGAAUCUCCAUGCCGCCCGCAAAACCAGACUACGGCCAAUGGGACGUCCCGCCGCGAUUAAAGAAAGACAUUGACGACGCCAACAACGUCUUCUACGGCAAGAAGGGCGCCGAUUGGAAGAUGAACAAAUACCGCAUCUGCUGGGACGCCUUCACCACCACCUCCGACUUCAUCAUCUCCCCCCACGCCGCUGCGCAGGGGCUCUACGUCGCCACCUGCGGCUCCUUCCACGGCUGGAAGUUCUUCCCUGUCCUCGGCAAGUACGUCGUGCAGAUGCUCGAGGGCGCGCUGCCCGCCGACUUGGCCGAGAAGUGGGCGUGGGAUCGCCAUCGCCCGGAUCCCAAGGAUAACCCGGAGUAUCCGCGGUGGGAGAUGAAUAGCAUUUUGGAUUCGGUCGGGAGUUCGAAGUUGUGAGGGGGCUUGUUUGGAGGCGGCGCGUUUUUUGUUAAAUGUAGAUGAGGAGCUGCAUAUUUCGUCUCGCGGCGCGAGGUCCGCCACAGUCUAUUUCAAAGGACGGGGCAUCAACGUUGUACAUGAGGAGU